AUGGCGUUCGGAAAAGCUCCAUCCGUGCGUGGGUUCACGCAGCUCCCCACGCAGUGGGGUGUGGGGAGGGGGGAUGGGGGUAUGGGGAUCAAUGAGACACAAAAAUCAAAGAAGCCGCCGACGGCGUUCGGAAAAGCCGCGGGCCGAGCGUUGAUUCACGCAACUGCCGUGGGACGUUGCGGGGGGAGGCAGCGGUGGCGGGGGGGGGGGGGGGAUGCUACGAAACCGAGCGCGCCGGGUGACAUUGCGCGGGCAACGACACCGCGCCGACCUACGCCACGCGACCGCCGGAAAACUAGGCACCUAGCGGCGGCGGUGCCUCAAUUUGGGGCAGCGGGGCGCCGGAGG